AUGGCGUCCACAAGACUCAACAACGCUGCCAAGCGCCGCGUUCUGAACUCAAUCGAUGAGAACGAUAACCGACUCUGGAUUUCAUCUGUCCCUAGGGACGAUACUAUAUCUGAGUUACUACACAGUACGGACGCGUCUGAGAACGAAGAUGAUGAGACACCUGCUACUUCCCAAUGUAACGAUCAAGAUGGAAAGGAAGACGACGCGGAUGAUGAGGAGGAGGAUGACGAGGAAGAUGACGAGGAAGAUGACGAGGAAGAUGACGAGGAAGACGACGACUUGGAGGAGGAAUCAGAGGAAGAACGCGACCCUAAUGACUUCGGCGGGGAAGAGAUCACUGAACUCAGUAAGUAACUUGUACAACUUCAAUAUCCUCUGAACUAACCCUUGUAGAACCUCUCUCCGCGCGGCUACCAGAGGUCUACAUUUACAACAUCGACCAAAGUUAUAUUCCGACCGCUGGGGAUAUCAAUCAAAAUACCUGGACCAAAUACAAAGUUCCUGCAGAUAUCGUCCGCCGUAUUGCUGUCUACGUAUUCGUUAGCGAGGAGCCGAAUACCAUCCGAGCGGUAUUCAACCCCGACACUUUACACUUCUCCUACGCUGCCAAUAACAUUCCACGACUCAAUAAUCCCGUCGUACCCCACUCCAUCCUCACAAAACAAUUCGCAGACGCGCCCGUGUUCCGUGGCAAUACCAAAAGAUACCCAUACUUCGAUUACGGCAAGGACAUCCUCUCAAUCGAGUGUCAUGCUUGCGGAGUCGAGGAAAGCGACUCCCACGAGGUCCACGACGAAGCCAUCCACAGUGCCCUCCAAUCCCUCCUCGACGACGCCUCCUCCCGCAAACAACUCCGCUUCCUCCGCCUCGAAUUCUGCCACCGCAAGCUCCUCCCGUCUGAUCUCGCGGACGGAACCUUCAACAAAAAGGACGACGAGGGAAAGCUGCUCUUUCCGGUUCUGAAGGAGAUCACCUGGGUCUCGCAUUGCCACGGCCCGGAUGAGUUCUUGCGUGAGGAUGAGAUGAUUUAUAAUCAGGAGAAGGAUAUCUUAUGUGACGGGAGUAAUGGAUAUCAUUUUGUGUCGAGAAUUGAAUGAAGGGGGGGAAUUUGGGGGAUGAUUGUUUUGCUAGGGAUUUGUAUGGGGAUGUUCAUUAGGGAGAUUUUCUUUUUACAUUAGCUGGUGUGGUUACUUUUAGGGGUUGUAGGUGAAUGAAU